AUGGAAAGAAAAUAUAAAGAUACAUCAUCUGAAGAAGAAGAUUCAUUAAACGAGGAUGAAAUGGCUUGGAUUCCAUGGUAUUGUAACUUAAAAGGAAAUGAAUUUUUUGCAACCAUCGAUGAAGAUUAUAUAAAUGACGAUUUUAAUCUUACUGGUUUAAGUUCAUUGGUUCAAUUUUACGAUGGUGCUUUAGGCAUUAUUUUAGAUUCUGAUCCAGAAGACCCAUUAAGUGAAGAUCAACAAGAAGCUUUAGAAAGAUCAGCUGAUAUACUUUAUGGUUUAAUUCACGCUAGAUAUAUUUUAACACCAAAAGGACUUGCUCAUAUGCAUGAAAAAUUUAAAAAAGCUGAGUUUGGUAGAUGUCCACGUGUUUUUUGUCAAAAUCAACCAGUUCUUCCAGUUGGUUUAGCAGAUAUGCAAGGUGUUGAUACAGUCAAAGUAUAUUGUCCAAAAUGUAACGACAUCUUCAACCCUAAAUAUAGAAGACAUUCCCAUAUCGAUGGUGCUUAUUUUGGUACCACCUUCCCACAUCUCUUAUUAAUCACUUAUCCAGAAUUAAUUCCAACCAAACCACCACAACAAUAUGUACCUAAAAUUUAUGGUUUCAAAAUUCACAAAUCUGCCAGAGAACGUCAACUUCAAUUACAACAAAAGAAAAAUAGUAGCCAACAACAACAAGCUAAACAACAACAACAACAACAACAACAACAACAGCAACAACAACAAUAA